AUGGAUUUAAAAGAGAAAAAGCUAUAUUGCAGUCAACAGCAAAAACAGCAACUAACAGAAAUGGUCACCAAAGACAAGCAAUUGCUAAGUGGCAAGUUCUCUAAUAAUUUUACCAUGAAAGACAGUGUGGAAAAGUGGGAAAACAUAGCCUUAGCCUUAAAUUCCAUGCCGGGCGCAAAUAAAGAGUGGAAGCAGUGGAAAAAAACUUGGCAGGAUAUGAAAUGCUCAAUAAAAAAAAAAGCAUAUAAUAAUAAAAAACCAUAUGCAAGGAACGGGAGGAGGGCCACCCAUUGUAGAUGUUUUGACAUCAAAUGA